ACCGUUAACGAUAACUUUUUCUGUGGCUUGCAAAUUAUUUUCUUUUCUGUUUACAAUGGUGGGCUCCAAUUUCGGAAUUAUUUACCACAACUCCGCUGGCGGCGGCAGCCAGGGAAACCAUGGACAAUCCUCCGGAGGCGUCGGUGGAGGAGAUCGGGACAGGAACACACCGGCUUCGCAUCUCAGCGACUUUAUGUCGCAGCUGGAGGACUACACCCCGUUGAUUCCGGAUGCGGUGACCUCGCACUAUCUGAAUAUGGGCGGCUUCCAGUCGGACGACAAGCGCAUUGUCCGCCUAAUCAGCCUGGCCGCCCAGAAGUACAUGUCCGACAUCAUCGACGAUGCCCUGCAGCACUCCAAGGCAAGGACCCAUCUGCAGACGACCAAUACGCCGGGAGGAUCAAAGGCCAAGGAUCGCAAGUUCACCCUGACCAUGGAGGAUCUGCAGCCCGCUCUGGCCGACUACGGCAUUAAUGUUAGGAAAAUGGACUAUAGUCAGUAGUUAAAGGCUUACUUAUGCCAUAAAUUAGUACUAGAACUUUUUUCUCAAAUAAAUAGAG